UAUGCUUCGUCUUUUGCGUUUCUUUGUUUUUUUUUGUUCUUCUUUUUUGUUGAUUUUUUCUUCCUAUUGGAUUCUUGGUUACCAAAACUUACAUUACCAUGUCCAUUUCCCAUCUCAAUUUAAUGACACGUCUUUCUCUCAUCAAAUUACAGCGUUACGACGGCAACAACCUUACUCGAUUUGUCUUGAUCCGAAACGCGCUGAUCCGUGCACUGGAACAUACAUCCGCAUCGAACAAUGAAUCACAGUGGGACGCCCGUGAAGAAGAACAAGAUUGGUUGGAUGCCUGCUUUAGCGCCAACUACAGUGCAGAAGCUGAAGAUGGAAUGCUUACCCUGGAAGAAUCCCCACUAUCCCCAGAAAACGAUAUUCGAGUUGAAGAACAAGUAGAAGAAGAUGAGGAUGGCGAUAUGAUCAUGGCAGAAGCAGAAGAAGAUGAAGCCGAUUCAGAAGAGGAACAGCUGCAGAGUCCGGUUGAAGAUGCGAUAGAUGGGGAACCAUCCGUGCAUCAUGCCCCUUUUAUGAUACGCCGAGCUGCACCCGCGUUUUUUAUCCCAUUAGACGACGAUGACGAGGAUUAUGAUGCAUCGUUUUAUGAAGAGGAAUCAAAGCCGAAUUGCGUGCUUACCUGGACCUCUGAAGGCCAUUGGCCCUUGCUUUCUUAAUUAUGUUUCCUUUUUAUCGUUUACACUUUUUUUUUGUAUAUACCUAGUGCCUCUCACCUCCUCCUCCCCUUUUUUUCUUUUUUCCAACCUCAUCUUCUUGUAAAUGUCUUCUUCAUCAUGCAUUCUGUAAAAUGAUUCCUUUCGGUCACUGAAAAGCUCAUCACAUGAAAAAAAAAAAACUUUUUUCAACAUAAAAUAAUAAAACAUCAUACAACAUCUAUAAAUUAAAA